AUGGUAACGAUGAACUCGGAGGUGGACAAAACACAGAGCACAGCGCUUAAUAAUGCAAACGGCAAUGAGAGUCAGGCACUGGACAAUGUCGGCCUUGUGAAUGCCAACAGUGAAGCAGCAACAGCAGCAGCAGCAGCAACAACAACAACAAUAACAACAACAGCGGCUGUAAAUGCAGUCACAACACAAACACCACCGCCAGCGCCACCAGCAACAACACCAAUAACAAAUGCCAGUGCCACAGCGACAAUUGCUGGCAAUAACUGCAACAAUAGCGUUAGCAUUAAUAGCAACAACAGCAACAGCAACAACAUCAUCACCACCCACACAAGCAGCGUCCCAUGCCAUGCGCCAACGGUCGCCGCUGCAACGCCCCCACCGCCCAGCAAGACGGUCACGCAUGCGCCGCUGCCCAGCGCCAAUGCGAAUGCAAGUGCCAGCUCAAAUGCAAGCAGCGGAGCCACGCCCAGCAGCAGCUCAGCGCCCAAAUCGAACGCCCUGCUUAAUGUUAGCAGCAAUCAUCAUCACCACCAUCAUCACCAGCAGCAGCAGCAGCAGCAGGCGCCACAGCCGACAGCGAUGACACAGCAUCAUGGACCGCAGCGCGGCAACAAGAAUGAGGAUGCGCCCAAUAUACUAGUCUACAAGAAGAUGGAGUCCAUCAUUGAGAAGAUGCAGGCAGAGUCCAGCGGCGUAGCUGUCCGUACGGUGAAGGCGUUUAUGAGCAAAGUGCCAUCGGUAUUUACUGGCGCUGAUCUGGUGGCCUGGAUACUUAAGAACUUCGAUGUGGAGGAUGUGACAGAGGCGUUACAUUUCGCCCAUUUGCUCUCCUCACAUGGCUACAUCUUUCCCAUCGAUGAUCACGCGCUCACCGUAAAGAACGAUGGCACAUUUUACAGAUUCCAGACGCCGUACUUCUGGCCCUCGAACUGCUGGGAACCCGAGAAUACCGACUAUGCGGUAUAUUUGUGCAAACGCACCAUGCAGAACAAGACGCGCCUAGAAUUGGCCGACUAUGAGGCUGAGAAUCUGGCCAAGCUGCAGAAGAUGUUCUCGCGCAAAUGGGAAUUCAUAUUCAUGCAGGCCGAAUCGCAGAGCAAAGUGGCCAAGAAGAGGGACAAGCUGGAGCGCAAGGUACUGGACUCGCAGGAGCGCGCCUUCUGGGACGUCCAUCGGCCCAUGCCCGGCUGUGUGAACACCACCGAGAUUGAUAUUAAGAAGGCGUAUCGGCGCGGCGGCUCCAGCCAUGGCACCGGCUCGGCAGGUGCCUCCGUCGCCAAGAAUCCCGUGGAGCAGCUGACGCGCAUUAUAGCCUUGCGAAAGCAGAAACUCGAGCGGCGCACAAUCAAAGUGUCCAAAGCAGCCGAAGCAUUGGUCGCCUACUAUGAGCAGUACAAUGAGUUCGAUUACUUUAUAACCUCGCCAGAGCUGCCCAAUCCCUGGCAGACGGACAGCACCGAAAUGUGGGAUACCGAGAAGAAUAGCAAAGAUGUUCCUGUACGUCGCGUUAAGCGUUGGGCCUUUAGCUUACGUGAGCUGCUAAACGAUGCCAUCGGACGCGAGCAGUUCACCCGUUUCUUGGAGAAAGAGUACAGUGGCGAGAAUCUCAAAUUUUGGGAGUCUGUGCAGGAGAUGAAGGCGCUGCCACAGUCCGAGAUCAAGGAGGCCAUACAGAAUAUCUGGCAGGAGUUUCUGGCACCCGAUGCACCCUGCCCCGUAAAUGUGGACUCAAAGUCCGUGGAAUUGGCACGUGAGGCGGUUACUUCGCCGAACGGGCCAAAUCGCUGGUGCUUCGAUGUGGCCGCCUCCCACGUCUAUCAUCUGAUGAAGAGCGACUCAUACUCGCGCUACCUGCGGUCCGAUAUGUACAAGGACUACUUGAACUGCUCCCGGAAGAAGAUCAAGUCCAUACCGAAUCUAUUUGGGGUGAAACGUUGAGAUACGAUGCGCGACUUGCCGGUUGUGGUGGUUGGA